AUGCUAGAAACCCAGAUUUCUCAAGUAGCCCAACAACAAGCAACAACUGCUGCCCCGGCUGGAGUGUUUCCUGGUCAACCACAACCUAACCCUAAAUGUCAUGCUAAUGCCCUUACAUUACGAAGUGGGACUGAAUUAGACGGACCAGUAGAUCCAAGAAUCCUAACUAAACUGAUGUCUGAACAAAAGGAAAAUGAAACCGAAAAGGAAAAAAGUAAUGAAGAAUUGGGUAAACCUACUGGGCCAGAAACCAUAGUUAGAGAUGAAGCCGAAAAGGCAAAACCAUACGUAUCUCCACCACCAUAUAAGCCACCUAUUCCAUUUCCCCAAAGAUUAGUUAAGUCUAAAACCGAAGGACAAGUUAAGAAAUUUGCAGAACUUCUAAAGCAAUUAAACAUAAUAAUACCCUUUACAGAAGCCAUAACACAAAUGCCGUCAUAUGCCAAAUUUUGUAAAGAGAUAUUGUCUUUCAAAAAGAAACUUGAGGACAAUGAAACAGGGAUUCUUACUGCGGAAUGUAGCGCAAUUAUCCAAAACAAUAUGCCACCUAAGCUGAAAGACCCUGGUAGUUUCUCCAUACCCUGUGUGAUAGGAAAAUUCAUCAUAGACAAAGCAUUCUGCAAUUUAUGA